CGCAUCUUCAGAGAGCUAAAGGAGCCACGCGGACAGACGAGCCUUUACUAAUCUUGCUACUUCGCUUGGAUUUUCGGAAGGCCCCAGUGUUAGUUUUUUUAUUUAUUUUAAUGUCUCGGCUCAACACGCUCGAGAUGAAGAUUGUCGUGAUCGCGGUGUGCUUGUUCGUGCUUGUAGGCGCAAAGCAGCCCGUUAGGGGUCGAAGCAGACAGCUAAGGAGGAACGACGAAGUGGCUUCUAAUCUGAAUUUGGAUUCGCUGAAUUCAAUGGAAUCCAUCGAAGGGCGACAGUACUACAUCCCUCAAGGAGGCUAUCCCAAUCAUGGAGUAGGAUAUCCAGGCCAAGGUACUCCCGGUGGUUCAGCUGGAACAGGCGGUUCCAGCGGCUCUGGAAGUUCAUCCGGUACUGGUGGUUCCGGCAGUUCUCACGGAAUCGGCGGAUCUCAUGGAAUCGGUGGUUCUCAUGGAAUCGGCGGUUCUCACGGAAGCGGCGGUUCUCAUGGAAGCGGCGGUUCUCAUGGAAGCGGCGGUUCUCAUGGAAGCGGCGGUUCUCAUGGAAGCGGUGGAAGCCCCAACUCGGAAAAUGAAAUUCCUAGACCAUUGCCAGGUAAACCUGGCAAGCCCGUACGACCGCAAGGGUGUCUAGGUGAUCGAGGUCAGUUCGCAAGCCCAAAAGGUUGCUCGCAUUAUCUUAAUUGCUGGGACGAUGUGGCAGUCGAGCAACAGUGUCCAAGCGGACUCCUUUUUAAUGAAAAAAGGCAGUACUGCGACUUUGACUACAAUGUAAAUUGUGGCAAUCGGCCAAAGCCCACGCCGAAGCCGUCGUUGCCAGGAGGAUCGAAGCGCUGUCCCGAGUUAAAUGGAAGGUACAGGAGCGCAACGAAUUGCUCGGAGUUUUUCGUCUGCCUCGCCGGAAGCCCGAUCAAGUUCAGCUGCCCCGCAGGACUCGUUUACAGUGACGAGACACAAAUCUGCGACUAUGUGUCGCGCGUGGACUGCAAGGGCGCUGUCACUCCGAGGCCGCUGCCUCCAAGUACAGAAGCACCGCAUAGGCCAACGAACCCGCCCCAUUUACCGGGAAAUGAGUCGCCCAAUCCGAAUCCUCCCUACAACCCGGGUCAACCAGAAUUGCCCUCGCCGAUCAAUCCCUACAACCCGAAUAUUUUUGUGCUGAGAGGGAAACCUGAAUUCUGGCAGCAGCGUCAAGCCGUUCUUCAAUCCGAGCUUGAAAAGGACAUUCAGACUCAAAAGGAUUCGGAACAAGAGGAUGAGGAAUUUAGCAGCUCGACGAUAACGAUUCCAUGGGAGGUAGCGCAUACGAUUCCCCAAGAAUUCGCGAAGGUGCCAUGCGAAAAUGGCGAAGUGCAUCGGCUAACCGAAUCCUGCACGAGUGUUGUUGUGUGUAGGAAUCACAGACCACAACUUAUAAAUUGCCAAACAGGUUACACGUACGACAAACCGUCGGAUUCAUGUAGACCCUUCACCUUAUCCAAAUGCUAGGCGACAGAGCAUCUAAUAAAACUGACUGACAGAAUUAAGAACAAAUUGUAUUAUUAAUUAUUUUAUUUUAAUUUUAAGCGAACGCGACUGUUCUUUGAUGAACGGGGAAUUCCUCUAGAAUAUACGCACACGCGCACACACGCACG